AGCGGUUAAGUUCAUAAGUAUAUGAAGUCUCUUGAAGAUUCUCAUAAUUAAGUGAAACGUUUAAAGAGUUAACCGUGUACAAAUUUUAAAAGUUUUAAGUUAAAAAUAAUAAACUUUCUACUCUGAUCAGUGGAUCGGAUCAACAUUCGUCAUGGUUCCUAAUAAGGGUUCCAGCGUCGUUUUGACAGAAAACGCUGAGCCUCAGUUUAAGAAACUGGUGGCUCCUCAGGCUGGACCAAGGAAGUACCAAAUCGUGUACAGGAACCUUCUCACGUUUGGCUACUGGCACUUAUCAGCUAUUUAUGGGCUCUACCUGUGCUUUACGUCUGCUAAAUGGGCCACAAUUAUAUUUGCGUUCUUUUUGUACAUGUUUGCGGAGAUCGGAAUAACGGCUGGCGCGCACAGGCUGUGGACACACCGCGCUUACAAAGCAAAGCUGCCACUGCAAAUCCUCUUAAUUAUAAUGAACUCUAUCGCCUUUCAAGACACCGCUCUGACCUGGUGUCGAGACCAUCGCAUGCAUCACAGAUACUCUGACACUGAUGCGGAUCCUCACAAUGCAACAAGGGGAUUCUUCUACUCACACGUCGGCUGGCUCCUAGUGAAGAAACAUCCUGAAGUCAAAACUAGAGGAAAAUAUAUCCCGUUAGAUGAUCUGCGAAAUAAUCCAGUGCUAAGAUUUCAGAAAAAGUAUGCCAUCCCGUUCGUGGGCACUUUGUGUUUCCUCAUGCCUACCUUUGUGCCGGUCUACUUCUGGGGCGAAAGCAUCAGCACCGCUUGGCACAUCAACCUCCUGCGAUAUGUCACGAACCUUAACGUCACUUUCCUGGUCAACAGUGCCGCCCACCUUAUCGGCAACAAGCCCUAUGACAGGACCCUUGCUUCAGUUCAAAACAUCCCUGUAAGCAUAGCCACAUUCGGCGAGGGUUUCCACAAUUACCACCACACUUACCCCUGGGAUUACAGAACUGCGGAAUUGGGCAACAAUAGACUGAAUGUGACGACCAAGUUCAUAGACUUCUUCGCUUGGCUCGGCUGGGCUUAUGACUUGAAAACGGUACCUCAAGAAGCUGUUGAGAAGAGAAUGGCCAGGACCGGUGACGGGACUGAUUUGUGGGGCUACGGGGAGAAAAAACCAGUAAAAGACGUAAAAGAUAAUUCCGAUGAAACUUAUUAUGAUUUUUAAUUUUUCGAUUGUUAAUUAUCAUGAAUAAUGGUUGAUUGAAAGUAAACUAAAUUAAGAAGCAAGGGGAUUUUAUAUAUUCUUUUGGACAUCUGAGGAUAUACUCGUAUAAGAUCCAAGUAAUGUUGUUAUUUUAAAGGUUUCAUUUGGACAUGUCGAAAAAGUAAAGCUAAGUUGGCAUAAAGGUUGAAUAACAGUCUAUAAAUUAUAAUUGACCAUAGUUGACCAUUUUGUUUCAUGCAGUUGUCACUUUGUCAGCCACUAUGAAAGCAAAUGACUGUGAUAGAAUAAAUGAUAUUAUGAUUUAUUAUUAGAGAAAAGUUGAAUAAAGUUGUGUCUUUCAUGCAACGUUUCAAUUUUUAUUUUCAAAGGUGAUUUGUUUUAAGAAGUAUUUUUUUUUAAUAUGUAUAUUUCUAACUUUCGUUUGCGGAAGUGAAUUUUUAAAUGUAAAGGUAAGCAAGCAGCUAAUAUAUACAAUAGAUAAACCUAGUUUUAUACCAGAUCGCUGGAAGCUAUAUAAUAUAUAUGAAACUCCACAGGAUAUUUCGGACUGAUAUGCAAGAAAGUGCCCUGUGAUAUUUUUGCUUAUAUUUUCUUGUGUAUCAAAAUUGUUCAAAAUUUCACUCACUUGGAAGUGAGUGAACUUUCCUGUACAAUAUCACUAAGAUGGCAUAAUGGAAAGCAAUCCAUGAUUAUUAUUAUAUUAGCUAUGAACCUAUUAUGUAUUUGUAUGAUAAACUGAAUGUAGUAUUUAAGAUUUAAGUAUUUAUUAAAUUGUUAUCAUACUUAUCCUUAUUCUUAUCCUCCUUACACAUUAUAAAACAAAGUUCUCUGCCGCGUCUGUCCGUUCGCUAAACAGAAAAACGACUAUUUUGAGUGUAUACAGACAGUCUCGGAUUUUCAUGCGGCUUUCACCAUUAGAUAGCGACUCCUCAGGGAAGGUUUAGGUAUAUAAUUAUUAUGAUUUUACCUGAGCGAAGCCGGGACGGGGCGUUAGUUAAAUAAAUGACUCAGUCAUUGUAAUAGUAACAAUUCUCAUAUUAUUCCCGUCAAAAUAUUUUUUUUCAUGGUUACAUAUCCUAUAAGUUGUACGGAAAUCAAUAAACCCUUAGUAUAUAAUUAAUCAUAAACUGAGUUUUAAUGUUUAUUCAGUGCUAUAUAUUACUAUUACAUUUCACAUUUUCUCAUUGAUUUUCCAAGACCAUAAACUAAAAAUAAAAUAAAUUUUGUGUGAUACCUGA